CCCUUAAAAUCUUACAGGGAGCAAUGGACUUUGGAGCAUCUGCUUGAGUUAAUGAUAUGAGCCUCCAAUUUAUGCUGAGCUUGUAUGAAUGCAAACUUUAAGAAAUGCUGGGUCCCCCUGCGGAAAGGAAAAUCUCUACGGCAAAAUCUUAAAGAACAUGGGAAGCUGGACGAAUUUCUGAAGAAACAUCACCACAACUUGGGCUCAAAGUACUACCCCAAACAAAACUUGGCAGUGGCCGCUGAACCCCUGGAAAAUUAUAUGGAUAUUGAGUACAUCGGCAAUAUCUACAUCGGAACUCCACCUCAGGAAUUUGUUGUCCUCUUUGACACUGGCUCUUCCAACUUGUGGGUCCCUUCUGUAUAUUGUUCCAGCUCAGCCUGCUCAAACCACAACCGCUUCAACCCUCAGAGUUCCUCCACCUACCAGGGAACUGACCAGAGUGUCUCCAUCACAUAUGGCACUGGGAGCAUGACUGGAAUCCUAGGCUAUGACACUGUCCAGGUCGGAGGCAUCACUGUCACCAACCAGAUCUUUGGUCUGAGCGAGACUGAGCCUGGCAGCUUCCUUUAUUACUCCCCCUUUGAUGGCAUCUUGGGUCUGGCUUAUCCCAGCAUCUCCUCCUCUGGUGCUACUCCUGUCUUUGACAACAUGAUGAGUGAGGGUUUGGUGUCCCAGGAUCUCUUCUCCGUCUACCUAAGCUCAGAUGAACAGAGUGGAAGCUUUGUCAUGUUUGGUGGUGUUGAUACCUCCUAUUAUACUGGAAGCCUCAACUGGGUGCCUCUCUCUUCAGAGAGCUACUGGGAGAUCACUCUGGACAGCAUCACCAUGAAUGGCCAGUCCAUUGCAUGCUCUGGCGGCUGCCAAGCUAUUAUUGACACUGGCACUUCCCUGCUGGCCGGUCCCCCCAACGGCAUUUCUAACAUCCAAUAUUACAUUGGUGCCAGCCAGUCCUCCAACGGUGAGUAUUACGUCAGCUGCAGCGCCAUGAACAGCCUACCAGACAUUGUCUUCACCAUGAAUGGUAUUGAAUUCCCUGUGCCUGCCAGUGCCUACCUUCUUCAGAGCAAUGGUUAUUGUCAAAGUGGCUUUGAGAGCAUCAGUAUCCCCACUGAUUCUGGUGAGCUCUGGAUCCUUGGAGAUGUCUUCAUCCGUCUGUACUACGUUGUCUUUGACAGAGCAAACAACCAGGUCGCUCUGGCCUCCGUUGCAUGAACUGGCAAAACGUCCCCUGGCAAAACGACUCCUUGAGAACAGCCUUCACUUCCUUGGGCUAAAUUUAGUCACUAUGUCACAUCCUCAAGAGCUGGAAUAUUAAUAACAGUAGAAUAAAAGAAUAUAAAAGCAAACACAUUGUUCUUCAUUCCUCAC